AUGCGCCUGCUGAAAUACGACGAUCAAGGCACCCUCAGCCUGACCGAGGAUCUUCACGAUCACAUCCCGCCCUACGCGAUUCUCUCACACACCUGGGCAGAAGACCAGGAUGAGGUUACUUUCGACGACCUGAAGCAGGACUCUUUUCAGAGUAAGGCUGGCUAUGCGAAGAUUCGGUUUUGUGGUGAACAGGCGAGAAAGGAUGGUCUUGAUUACUUCUGGGUGGACACAUGUUGCAUCAACAAGGCGAACAAUACUGAAUACUCCGAGGCCAUCAACUCGAUGUUUCGCUGGUACCGCGAUGCCACCCAAUGCUACGUCUACCUGUCCGACGUGCCGGUCCACAGCGUGGACGGAACAAAGCGAAUGUGGGAAAUUGACUUUCGCAAGAGUCGGUGGUUUUGUCGGGGCUGGACACUUCAAGAACUGCUGGCGCCCGCAUCGGUGGAGUUCUUUUCAAAGGAGGGAGCACUGCUCGGCAGCAAGAGCACGCUGGAACAGCAGGUUCACGAAAUUACCCGUAUUCCGAUUGCGGCGCUCCGCGCUACACCUUUAACGCAAUUCAGCGUGGAUGAGCGGUUGGGAUGGGCUGCGGAACGGGUCACCAAGAAGACGGAAGACCAGGCAUACUGUCUCUUCGGGAUCUUCGAUGUGUUUAUGCCUUUGAUUUAUGGAGAGGGAGCGAAUGCGCUCGUUCGGCUUCGCAAAAAGAUCGACAAAACUCGGAAAAGCACGAGCGUCGAGAGCGGCAAUAUACACUGGAUGGUGCCUCGCUCGUCCAACACCUUGUUUACUGGAAGGGAGGAAAUUUUGGAGAGUCUAGAAAGGAAUGUGCGUGCCGCGGUGCAGCACGGCUCGCGUACCUAUCAAUGUCGCAUAGCCAUUUCGGGUCUGGGUGGCCAAGGCAAGAGCGAGAUCUGCUUACAGCUCGCGCAGCGUGUCCAGUCCCUGCUCUGGGGUAUCUUUUGGGUCGACGUCAGCACGCCGUCACAGGCCGAGAACGGCUUUCUCGACAUCGCAUCCCGACUUCAAAUCUCCGCGUCGACAUGGGAGGAUGGCCGGCAGGGCCUGGCCAAUAUCCGGCAGCCAUGGAUGUUGGUGCUGGACAACGCCGAUGACCCCAAUGUCGACUACCAGGCUUAUUUCCCCCCCAGCACGUGCGGCGUAGUGGUGCUGACGUCGCGGAACGCCGAGUGUGGGCAGUAUGCCACCACCGAUCACGUGGCUUUGGAAGGACUCCCGACCGAGGAGGCGACAGAACUCCUCCUGAAAGCCGCCAACGUGAUUGGGGAGCACCGUCCUCGGUGGGAAGACGAUGCACGGAGGGUGGCCGUCUUGCUCCAGUCGCAUCCUCUCGCCCUGAUCCAGGCGGGGGCAUAUGUAAAGCGAGGUCACUGUCGCUUGGGAGACUACCCGCGAGUUUACGAGCGUCAACGGAAGCGACUUCUUGGCUUUCGGCCCUCGCAAGCUCAGUCACGGUAUCGAGAUGUGUACGCGACGUUCGAGGCGUCGGUGGAGAUUCUCCAGACGAGUCCGACCGAGUUGUCGCGAGAUGCCCUCGAGUUGCUGCCUCUGCUGGCGGUGUGCGGACCGAGUCGGCUGCCAUCGUUGGUGUUUGAUUCAGCAUGGAAGGGAGCGCAGAGGAUCGUGGCCCGUGAGCCUGGCGACCCAGAUGGGCUUGGUCUGACGACGUGGCACGUGUCUCAACUGCCCUCGCUGAUCCCAGCCCAUGAAGACGGGUGGGAUUCUUUCCGGCUGGUGGAGGCCGUCAACAUGCUCAAGGCUUUUGCCCUGGUGUCGAUGGAUGUGGAUGAGGAACACACAUGUGUGUCGAUGCAUCCGUUGGUACAUGCCUGGGCGCGCGACCGGCAAGAUGAGUGGCAGCAACACGCGUCCUGGGUCGCGAUGGGAUGUAUCGUGGCGUUGUCGCAGAGCGAGAGUGAGAUGUGGCGCGUGCACGGACGAGAUCUGCAGCCCCACCUACACGCGCUGACCUCAUGGGAGAUGGGUUGUGCAUUUCAGAACGCGCCUCGGACCGCCGUGGCUAGCGUCUGGAUGGAAUGUGGAUGGCUGCUUCAUGGGAUGAGGGACGACGGCACCGUUUUCCGGCUGCUGGAGCGGCUGUGUACUCACCUCGGACUCGACAAGUCCACGGUCAAUAUGGGGUGGGUCGCCCUCUACGACCUAAUAGGGCGGAACCUGGUGAACUAUGGGAAAGUGCAAGCGGCGGUGCGGGUGCUAGAAGAGGUGGCGCGGAUUCAGGGGCAGACGCUGUUGGAGGAUCAUCCAUCUCGACUGGCAUCGCAGCACGCGUUGGCUGGAGCAUAUGAGGCGAAUGGGCAGGUCAAGGAUGCGGUGCGGCUGCUGGAGGAGGUGGUGCGGAUCAAAGGGCAGACGCUGGCGGAGGAUCAUCCAUCUCGACUGGCAUCGCAGCACGCGUUGGCCGGGGCAUAUCAGGCGAAUGGGCAGGUCAAGGAUGCGGUGUGGCUGCUGGAGGAGGUGGUGCGCAUUCGGGGCCAGACGUUGGCGGAGGAUCAUCCCGAUCGACUUGCAUCGCAGCACGCGUUGGCCGGGGCAUAUGAGGCGAAUGGACAGGUGAAGGAUGCGGUGCAGCUGCUGGAGGAGGUGCUGCUGGAGGAGGUGGUGCGGAUCAAAGGGCAGACACUGGCGGAGGAUCAUCCUGAUCGACUAGCAUCGCAGCACAAUCUGGCUGUUUAUUUAUGGGGACUUGGUCAAGAGUCUGCGGCUUUGGAGAUGAUGAGACAAGUUGUGGAGAUCCGGCAACGAGUUCUGGAUAACGAUCACCCUAGCCGCAUCGCGUCCGAGAAGUGGUUGCAACAUUUCGAAGACAAAAGGCCGGUCGUGAACUAG